ACGAUGAAGGAUGGCCAUCAAACUGGUUUUUGGGUUUUUAUUUUUGUAGACGAAAUCUUGUUUUCAUGUUUGCUGUGAUUGGAUUGGAUCUGAUCAUGGAGCAAAAGUCAUGACUACUAUAUCAUGCGUUUCGGAGUAUAAAUAGGUGAAAAACUUUUGAGAGACUAGUAGCUGCUCGUGUCAAUUGCCUCUGGUAAGCAUCUAAAAGUCUGAAAAUGAGGAUCUGUAUCGUUUUACUGAGUGUUUGCAUCGCAACAUCUUUUGGCCUUCCUUCUGCGCAAGUGGUGGAGAACAAAGGCCCAGCUUACCAGACGGUUUGUUUUGCUGAAACCGGAGUUAACCCAGAGUUGGUGAAAAAGGCUUACGAGAGAAAUGAAUGGGAGAAUGACAAUAAUCUGCACUGCUAUGCCCUGUGCUUAAUGAACAAAUGGGGAUGGGUGGACGCGGCCCAGGGCAUUUGGAUUCCCGAUGCAAUUCGUGCAUCAAUUAAUAAGGCAUUUCCCAAUGGCAAUGCAGAUGCAGUUCUAGCCAAGUGUCACAGCGGAUCUCCAUUGGCCACUUGCGAUAACGCAUAUUUAAUAGCCAAAUGUUGGAAUGAUCUCAGAAUUGCCAACGCUGCAGCUAAAGUAUAGAUUUAAAUACAUCGAAAGUCAAACUGUUACCUCUUUCUAAUAAACACAUGUAAUAACGGCCAUCA